AGUGCCAUCGGUCCGGUCUGGCCGCGCCGGGCGGAGCAAGUGCGGGCGUCUUCGGAACUGCAGCCAGGUUGGGGGUGCAACAGCCAGCCUGGGACCAUGGGGAGGAAGAAAAUCCAGAUCUCACGUAUACUCGACCAGAGGAACCGGCAGGUGACAUUCACCAAACGGAAGUUUGGGCUGAUGAAGAAGGCCUACGAGCUGAGCGUGCUCUGUGACUGUGAGAUCGCCCUCAUCAUCUUCAAUAGCGCCAACCGCCUCUUUCAGUAUGCCAGCACGGACAUGGACCGCGUGCUGCUCAAGUACACCGAGUACAGCGAGCCCCACGAGAGCCGCACCAACUCCGACAUCCUCGAGACACUGAAGCGGAGGGGUGUGGGUCUCGAUGGGCCAGAGCUAGAGCCGGAUGAGGGGUCUGAGGGGCCAGGAGAAAAACUGCGGAGGUUAGCAGGAGAUGGAGGCAACCCAGCCCUACCUCGACCCCGGCUUUAUCCAGCAGCCCCAGCCAUGCCCAGCCCAGACAUGGUAUAUGGGGCCCUGCCCCCACCAGCCUGUGACCCCAAUGGGCUCGGAGAGGCCCUGCCGGCCCAAAGCCGCCCAUCCCCCUUCCGACCAGCAGCCCCCAAAGCCGGUCCCCCAGGCUUGGUUCACCCUCUCUUCUCCCGGAGCCACCUCUCCAGCAAGACCCCUCCCCCGCUGUACCUGGAGGGCCGGAGGCCCGACCUGCCAGGAGGCUUGGCCCCAGGCUGCGGAGGGCUGAACACCUCGAGAAGCCUCUACGGCAGCCUGCAGAGCCCGUGCUCAGCCACAGCCCCGGGACCCCCAAUCGGGGGCUUCCCUUUCCUCCCCGCGGGCCCCCCAGAAUAUGGCCUAGGAGACCCUCCACCGCCCCCUGGCUUGCUGCAGCCCCCUACCCUGGCCCCUUGGCAGCCCUCGAGAGGGGAUGGACCCCCGACUGCCUCCACCCAGCCCAGCGGGGGCCGCGGCCUGGGCGAGGAGAGCCCUCCCACCCGUGGCGCCUCCCCACCGACCCCCCCAAUCAGCGUCAAAUCCGAGCGCGUCUCGCCGGCCCCCGGGGGCCCCGGAGACUUUCCCAAGACCUUCUCCUUCCCGCUGCUCCUGGCCCGGCCCCUGGCCGAGCCGCUGCGGCCCGGGCCGCCCCUGCGCCGGCUGCCCUCGGGGGACGGCUGGCCGCGGUAG